AUGUCGCUCAUCUCGCCUCCUCCCUGGGUCUUCCCGACCAUUUCGGCCUCGACAUGGCUAGCAAUGCUGCUGGCUAUGCUGGGACACUGGACUAUGAUCGGUGAACCGAGAUAUGGCCUUAUGAAACCUGGCCAGAAUAUACCCUUCAUUUCUGAUAUAGGAGCCCAGGAAUUGAAGCCCUUGUUCAUGAUCGGAUGUAUCACAACAGUAUUACUUCUCAACCUCUCAUUUUACCAAUUCAUCCAAAACAAGGGAUAUGUCAACAAGCUCUGCACACACGCAUCCUUCUUCUUCACAGUGCUGGGAAGCACAGGAUUGAUCCUGCUAUCCGUGUUCGACAAUAUCGACCACCAUUUAACACAUGAUGUAUUCGUGACUAUCUUCAUUGUGGGGUAUCUAAUCAGUGCCGCUCUGAUGUGUCUAGAUUAUGUCCAUCUAGGUAUCUCGCAUGCCCUGCGCGAGCCUAUGAUAUUCACCAGUUUCGUCAUCAAGCUGUCCUUCAUUAUCGUUGAACUCUCCCUCGUUAUCGUCUUCCGUGUCACCGAGGCUAUCCACUAUAACGAGAACAACAUGGCCGCAACCCUUGAAUGGGUCAUCGCCUUCGUGUUCACCGGUUAUAUUCUCUCCUUCAUCGUCGAUCUACUUCCAUCGACUCAAAAACAGCUCCAUGUCGAAAAAGGAUAUGAGCAACUCGAGAUGGCCAUGGCCCACCCAUAA